CUUAGAAGAAAUUGCCAACAUGUUUCCUCCAAAUUGAAGUUUUUGUUUUCCAGUGAACAGCUGAACCCGUGCUGCUUCCUCGUCCCCUGCUCGCUCUGUAAGAGAAUCCUGAAAAGGCGCAUACGAAUAUGUAGUGAAAAUCCUUCAUGGUUUCAAAUACUGGCAAAGUUUCCAUUUCGGAUGUCCUAGUGACUUCUGAAACUGCUAAGCAUCCUUUUAAAAAUGUCCAGGAGACUCCAGAUACAAUAGAAAUACAAAACCCAUUCAGUCUUAAAGAAUUAUCGACAAGCUCUUAUUUAAAAGUCAGAAAUUUUACAUUCUUUUCUCCCUCAACUCACUUCCAUUCCACAUCCCCCAACAAAACAGCACCCUAAACUAAUAUAUUUUUAUACUAAAAAAUUUUAACUUUUUUUGCAAGAGACCCAUAUAAAUACAGUCCGCCCUCGUUCACGGAUUCUGUGCAAAUUCACCCACACGGUAAAAUUUGUAACCUCAAAUCAGUAUUUGUGGCUCUUUCUCAUUUACAGACACGUGCAGAGCAGUGAAGAAUCUGAACAGCCUUUGCACACACAUUCCUAGCGGAACUUGAACAAGGCCACGCUCUGCCACCUUAUUUCAGCCGGCAAUGUAAGCAGGUCUCCCUUUCACAGUCUACUGAAACCACGUUUCUCACAUUUUUGUGCUGUUUGUUGAUUUUACUGUUUUAAAUGGCCCCCGGGUGUACUGCUAAGGCACUGUCUAGUGCUCCGAAGUGCAGGAAGGCUGUAAUGUGCCUUACAGAGAAAAUAUGUGUGUUAGAUAAGCUCCAUUCAGGCCUGAGUUACAGUGCUGUUGGCCGUGAAUUCAAUGUGAACGAAUCAACAAUACGGUACAUCCAGAAAAAGGAAGAGGACAUCCGUCGAUCUGUGCACAAGGCCACUCCAGAAAGUGCUAAAGUAACAUCGAUUGUGCAUGAUGGAGCUAUGGAAAAGAUGGAAAAGCAGCUAAAUUUGUGGAUUCAAGAGAUGACAACCAAUAAAAAGAGCAUAGUAGACAGUGUUGUCGUGAGGAUGAAAGCCAAGGAGAUUUAUAGUCAUGUUACCCAGGGUCAGGAAAAGGUUAAACUCUUCUCAGCCAGCACAGGCUGGCUUGCAAGUUUCAAAGGGCGAUACCACAUGAAAAACGCUAAACUUGCGGGCAAGGCAGGUCCUGCAGAUCAGGAAGCUGCAGAAGAAUUUAAAAAGCAUCUGCUAAGCAUUAUACAUGAGAAGGGUUAUACGGAAGAGCAGGUUUUCAAUGCUGACGAGAUAGGUUUGUUUUACAAGAACGUUGGCAAACGAGCCGAUAUAAUGCCAAUGGCCUCCAAGGCUCCUGGCUUUAAAUCGUUCAAAUACCAUGCAACCUUGCUCCUGUGUGCCAAUGCCAAGAGUGACUUUAAGUGCAAACGCCUAAUGGUACACAGAGCCCAAAACCCACAGGCACUUAGAGGGAAGAAGCUAAACCGUAUGCCAGUCCACUGGAGGUGGAACAAAAAAGCAUGGAUGGCAUCCGAAAUAUUCCGGGACUGGGUCCACAACUGCCUCAUCCCAGAAGCUGAACGCUAUCUCCACAGCAAAAACCUUGCCUUCAGGAUUUUAUUAAUUUUGGAUAAUGCCCCCAGCUCAUUGCCACGAAGAACUUGAAAAUGCCCAUCCCAACAUAGAAAUUCUCUUCAUGCCCCCAAACACUGCCUCUCUCAUCCAACCCCUCAAUCAGGGCAUAAUAAAAGCUUUCAAGGCACACGACACCAGGGAGCUUUACAGCAAGGCUUUUGAGGCUCUCGACGCCAGUGAGGAAACCACCAUGAUAGACUACUGGAAAUCUGUCAGUAUACGCAACGUUAGAGAUUACGUCAGCACAGCCUGGGACAGCACAAGCAGGCUACUAUUAAUAACUGUUGGGGAAAUGUUUGGCCUGACUGCAUGAAAAAUUUUGAAGGCUUUGAAGGUGUUACAGAAAAUACAAAGAAUAGUGUCAAAAACAAUGCAUAUUGCACAGCAGAUAAGUGGAGAGGGCUUCAGAGACAUGAGGGAGGGAGACGUGGAGGAAAUUUUGGCAGAAAUGGCAGUAGAACCCACCAAGAAAGAUCUGGACGAGAUGGCAAAGCCUGGCAUUGGUGGCAGCGAUGAUGACGAUGGCAACGAAAGUCAGCCCAAGACUCCAAGAAUUGUCCCUCUCACAGCAGCCAAAAUAUCGGAAUGGAAUUCUGCCCUGGAAAAAAUUUUAAUGAUAUGGAAGAGUGUGACCUUAUGCUGGAACGCAGCCUCACAUUUCGGCAUCUGACCUCCACUGCAUUCGUCCCUUAUGCUGAAACACUUAAAGAUUUGAGGUGAAGAGCCAAGCAGACAAGGCUGAAGGAAUUUUUCAAGCCAGUCUAGGAGGGAACGUUGCUGACACCAUCACGAAGUUGUGAAAGCCAAAGUCCUGGGGUGGAGCCACCAGAUCCCCCAUGCCAGCCUCACUGACGUGUUCCUCUUCUGCCAUGGGUAUCUGUCUGUUGGUUACACAGCUGGAAGGUUUUCCAUCUUGGAGCAAUGUGCCUCAGAGAGACGGGCACCUUCUCAGAGAAGUGACUGCAUGUGCAAGCAGAGCAACUGGACAUGAACUGUUUUAAAAGUCUCCACAUGUGUGCACAUGGGGGCAUGACACUAGCCUGUUCCAUGGAUACUGUACCUCAAACAACACACCUGUUUGGAAAACUGUAAUGUAAAAGAGUCAAAACUCUAUGGUAAGUACUGCCUCACCCUAUAACACACAUGCUGACCUUGGACAAGUCAAUUGACCCCUCUGGGUCUACACCCUUAUCCUCAGUUCAAGACUCAGUCUUUCUCACAGAGCUGUUGGGAAGAUAAGCUAAUUCAACAAGUCUAGUUGUUGAGCAAUGAGAACAACAACAAGUCUAGUUUCUAUGCCAGACCUUGUCACAAGUACCGUGACUGCAAAGAAGAGAGACAGGGCCCUGUCCCGCGUGAGCCAGGGAAGAAUCCCACACAACAUGGACAGUGGACAACGGAAGCACAGAGUAAAGCAUAAAUACUGUGGACGUAGGGGAGGGCCAGAGGCCUAACCAACAAAAUGGACAUCAGAGUUGGAGCGGAAAGGUGGAGGCAGAUGGACUGCAUUUUCAAAGGUGUGACGUUUGAGAAGCUGCUGGUGUUUUCUGGGGUGGUGAGUAAUUGGCCGUUGAGGUCAUGGAUGAGACUGCAGGGGGAGAACUAAAUCAGAGAUGCAAAAGAAGACACCCCCAGGGCCCCUGCAUGCCUCACUGAAGAAGCUCUAUGAGCGACAGCGCGUGAGCAAGUCAUCAGGUAAAUAUAAGUUAAAACCACAGGUAACCCUAUGCACCAACCAGAAUGGAUAAUAUGGGAAAGGCAGACACUGUCAACUGUCCACAAGGAUGGAAAGCCGUUGGCGUCCAAUACCUGACUAGUGGGAGUGGGAAAGCAUACACACGGGAAACCAUCAGUCUAUCGAGAAGUUAAACUUACAUAAGCCGCACCCCCGCCAGUGAUUCUUCCCCUAGGCAUUUACCCAAGAAAGAUGAAAACACGUCCACAAAAAGCUGUAAGAAUGUGCACAGGGCACCUGGGUGGCUCAGUCUGUUAGGCACCCGGUUCUUGUUCUUGACUCAAGUCAUGAUCUCAGUGUUCUGAGAUCAAGCCCUGUGUCGGGUUAGGGCAUGGAGCC